AUGGAACUGUACGAAAGUACACAGCACAGCGCACAGCAGUCACCGCUCGGCAUGGACAGGUCGACUCCACCUGUAGAGCCAACAUUCGAUGCAGAGGAUGAGGGAUUUGUGACAAUUGGAAAGUACAAGCGAAACAGUCUUAUACGCAUUCCCCGCGACGACUACAGCAGCAUCCCAUCAACAUCCUAUGAGUAUAGUUUAACUCCAUCUAGUUAUGGGCCACCUGCGAUGAGUACAUACGGAGCUCCGCCUAAACCUGUGUAUGGGCCACCCAAACCUGUUUAUGGUCCUCCCACGUCAGGUUAUGGUCCCCCCGUCCCCGCUGGCAAUGGAAUACCUUACUUGAGCCCCGAGAGUUGGUUGUUGAGCAAAUUGAAGCUAAAAUUCAGUUGGUUUACUUUAGCUAAAAUUUUGCUUAAGCUGGUUAUUUUCAAAAAGAUAGUUAAAUUCAUUGCGCUUUUAUGUUUACUGUUUUUUAUUCCAACACUAAAACCUAGUGAAAGCGACAAUAAUCAAAGCGGUGGUGACAACGGGGGAGAAGACUACCGUCGACGUACCUACGAUAUGCACUAUAAUUAUGAUAUCCAACUUAAUGAAGUUACAAGAUUUGCACUAAAAGCACUUGAAGCAUUCACGAUUGAUAACGAGCUUUACUGUCCAGAGGAUAACCUACUUAGUUGUCGAGCGAAGCGGAUGUUUGACUUUAUCGAUGAAGAAUAUCCAUUAAGAAGGCAAGUACAUUCCUGGAUAAACGGUACGGUAUAAACGAUAAAGUAUACAUACACAGACCGGAGAUGAAUCUGUCGGAGCCAAAAAAAAUACAUCCGGAAUUGAAUAAUGAUAAUAAUGAUAAUAAUUGAAUAUUAAAAAUGUGAGUUGCCAGUUUCAUGCAAUUCCUAUUCACCAGUCUUUGUACAGAGUAGAGCGGGCAUAAGUGCGACGUUUGUUAUCAAUUUUCAUGAAAUAUAA